GCUAUGAAAUUUCUGUUGGUUUUUGAUUUUGACCAUACAAUCAUAGAUGAGAAUAGUGAUACCUGGAUUGUGAAAUGUGCUCCUGAGAAAAAACUUCCUAACGAAUUAAGAAACUCCUACCGACCAGGACAUUGGACAGAAUACAUGGGCAGAGUCUUUGUCUACUUGGGAGACAAUGGCGUCAAAGAAGAUGAGAUGAGAAGAACUAUGACAACAAUUCCUUUCACUGUGGGAAUGGUGGAUCUUAUGGGUUUUCUUGGCGAGAACAAAGAGUUGUUUGACUGCAUCAUUGUUUCAGAUUCUAAUACAGUAUUUAUUGACUGGAUUUUGAAAGCUGCUGGUUUCCAUAAGGUGUUUGAUGAAGUGUUUACAAACCCUGCAGCAUUCAGCAGUACUGGCUAUCUUACUGUACAGAACUUCCAUGCUCACCAUUGUGCAAAGUGCCCCAAAAACCUUUGCAAAAGGAAAGUUUUAAAAGAAUUUAUAGAUAAACAGUUGGAGCGAGGAGUAAGUUAUACACAAAUUGUAUAUAUAGGUGAUGGUGGGAAUGACUUAUGUCCAGUAAUGUUUUUGAAGAAGGAUGAUAUUGCUAUGCCCAGGCAAGGGUAUACCUUGGAGAAAAAGAUUUCUCAACUGGCCCAAGAUCUCAGUCCUGUAGAGUGUUCUGUUCUGGUUUGGUCAUCUGCUAGAGAAAUUAUGUCUCAUCUGAAAGUGCUUUUAAAGGAAUAA